UCUAAAUAUGAUAGCAUUAAUUACAGGAGCUGAAGCUGCAUGGAUUGGGGAUGUUUUAAUAGAAUUAGUUCCAUUAUUAGCGAAUUCUAUUACAUCUUUAGUAAGGUUAUAAGACACAUAAUAAACUUAAGGAAUCAAUCUAUUAUUAGAAUAAGAAUUGGAAUUACAAAGAGGGUCAUUUCGUAAGGAAAUAUUAUAUAAUAACCAACCCAUAAAUGAUAUUUAGUUAUCUGAAGUAAUGCACGAAACAAUAAUCUAAAUAGAUAGAUGUUGCUAAUCAGUUUGGUAAUAUAUUCCAUCAGGUAUUGCAACAAUAUUUACAUGGGCAUUAACAGGAUAAGCUAUGAGACAUGAAUUUAUUAUUAUUGACACUAUAAAUCAUAUUUGUUGUCUAGAGUUAGUGAAAGACUAAGGAGAAUAACAAGAAAAGAUUUAAAAACUUAUUUUUAAUAUUUAUGGACUUCAAACAUAAGAAUAGAGAAUAAUUAUAAGAAAUUAAAUACUUUAAAAUAGAUCAUAUAAUAGAGUAUUAUGUUCAAUAAGAGUUUAGCAAUAAUUGUAUUUGAAUUAAAUUAAUUAUUUUUCUAAUUUACUAUUAAUAAGUUGGAGAAAAAUUUAUUAGAAUAGCAGUAUAACUGUUAAUUUUUUUAAUUUAUUUUAGAAAAUGAGUAAAUAAUAUGCAAGAUCUAUAUUUUAUUUUUCUUAAGAGUAGCCAGAUUAUGACAUUGUACUAUAAUCAAUAUUUGGAGUUUUUACUGAUAAACCACUUUAUCUUCCUCGUAUUGAUAUGUUAGCAGUUGAGAAAUUAGUUUGGCAUGGAUCAAAAUUCUCUGAUUAAAUGAGAAAUUCAAUUAAUAGUUUUAUUAGAAUGGUUUAAUCAAUUAGGAAUGGAAUGGAUUUUUCUUAAACCUUUAUUAAUUGA